CAAGCUCGAAGUGGCCUGGACUGGCUGUGAGAAGAAACACUAAACUCCUCACUUAUGGCUUUGUAGAAUAGAUCCGGCACGUUUGGGAUUGUGGAAGGGACAUAACUGAACAAAACUUGAAGUCGCCCUCAUUUGUUCACGUUCGUGGGCGCCCAACCAUGGAGAUGAAAAGGUGGUCCACAAGGUGGAAAACGAAAAGGUGGCUUUUGGAUUUCACUGUAACCAAACUCAUCACGUUAUCCCUCGUGCUUGUUCUGCAGGCUCCGAAUGUCAGAGCAGUCGAAACAGUGGACGUGCUAAAAGUAUUAGAUUUUCACAAUACCCCUGAAGGAGUGCAGAAGACGUCAGGCUUCUGCACGAACAGAAGAGCCUCACAGCCAGACACGGCCUACCGAGUGGCAAAGACAGCCCAGAUCAGCGCCCCCACUAGGCAGCUCUUUCCAGAUGGAGUGUUCCCUGAAGACUUCUCCAUCUUGACCACCCUAAAGCCCAAAGCUGGACUCCAGUCCUUUCUGCUGUCCGUGUACAGUGAGCGGGGUGUCCAGCAACUGGGUGUGGAAGUCGGCCGCUCACCCGUCUUCCUGUAUGAGGACCAGACCGGGAAGCCCGCUCCCGAGGACUACCCCUUGUUCCGCACCCUCAACCUGGCCGAUGGGAAGUGGCACCGUGUGGCUAUCAGUGUGGAGAAGAAGACUGUGACUAUCAUCGUGGACUGCAAGAAGAAGAUCACUAAGCCCUUGGGCAGGAGUGACCAUGCCAACCUUGACACCAGAGGCAUCACUGUGUUCGGCAGCAGGAUUUUGGAUGAGGAAGUGUUUGAGGGUGAUAUCCAGCAACUGUUGAUCAUAGCUGAUCCAAAAGCUGCAUAUGAUUACUGUGAACACUACAGCCCUGACUGUGACACCCCACACAAGGAUACCCUGCAGGCUCAGGAACCGGACGAGGAGUAUACAACUGCAGUAGAUUAUGGAGAUUUGUAUGAUUACUAUGAUGGGCCAACUACCACCGACACAACAAAUGAAUUUUCAGAGGCUCAGCUAAACAAUUUAGACGGCGAGUACUAUACUGACAGUGAACUUGACUACGAGACAGUAGAUGCUACUCAGACUCUCUCUCCUGUUGCCACCACUGGACCCAAUGAGGCUGUGGAAGAGGAAGUUGUGGGUGAGGCUGUCCCUGAGCCAGCACAAACAGGGCUGGACCCCAUGGGCACCCCUGAGGCACCCCAGCCCAGCACCACUGGCGUGCCUGAGGCAACGGACCCGUAUGACUUGAAGGAGUAUGACCUAAAGGAGUAUGACAUGAGCGAAUUUGACAAAAGUCAGUAUGAGUUUGGGGCGUAUGAUGAGUUUGGAAAUGCAGCCCCAAACCCCACAUCCAUAUAUGAGGAUACGUUUGGGCCAGGAGUGCCUGCUGAAACUGAUGUAGAGGAAACACAGGUCAGCAUGGACGUCAGAGGGAAUGCAGCAUAUUUAGGACAAAAAGGAGAGAAGGGGGAACCAGCGGUCAUGGAGCCUGGAAUGUUGAUAGAGGGGCCUCCUGGAUCUCCUGGCCCUGCUGGUCUUCCAGGACCGCCAGGUCUGCAAGGACCCCCUGGUUCAUCUGGAGAUUCUGGUGAUAGGGGUCCUCCAGGACGUCCUGGUCUACCUGGAGCUGACGGGUUGCCAGGUCCUCCUGGUACCAUGUUGAUGCUGCCGUUCCGUUUUGGUGGUGAUGGUGAGAAGGGUCCUGUGGUGUCAGCUCAGGAGGCCCAGGCCCAGGCUAUCCUCUCCCAGGCCAGGCUUGCUAUGAGAGGCCCCCCAGGGCCCAUGGGUCUUACAGGACGCUCCGGCCCCGUGGGACUUCCUGGCUCUGCUGGUCUGAAGGGUGAAGCUGGAGAUCCGGGUCCUCAGGGUCCGAGGGGUGUCCAAGGACCACCAGGACAAGUGGGGCAGUCUGGAAAGAGAGGUCGUGCAGGAGCAGAUGGAGCCCGUGGAAUGCCAGGAGAGGCCGGAUCCAAGGGUGACAGAGGGUUCGAUGGCCUUCCUGGUCUCCCUGGAGAGAAGGGACAUAGGGGUGAGGCAGGCCCUGCGGGUCCCCACGGGGCACCAGGAGAGGAUGGUCAGAGAGGAGAGGACGGAGAGAUUGGUCCAAGGGGAUUGGCUGGCGAGAGCGGUCCAAGAGGCCUGCUCGGUCCAAGAGGCCCCCCAGGACCCCCAGGACAGCCUGGUGUGGCUGGUGUUGAUGGUCCACAUGGCCCCAAAGGAAACAUGGGACCUCAAGGUGAACCAGGACCUCCAGGUCAGCAGGGGAUCCCAGGUACCCAGGGUCUGCCUGGACCUCAGGGCUCUAUUGGACCGCCGGGGGAGAAAGGCCCCCAAGGGAGACCUGGCUUGCCCGGGUUACCUGGCUCCGAUGGACCUCCUGGCCAUCCAGGUAAAGAGGGGCCCCCAGGAGAGAAAGGAGCCUUGGGUCAGCCCGGUCCUCAGGGUCCCAUUGGCUACCCAGGACCUCGUGGGGUGAAGGGCGCUGACGGAGUGCGGGGACUGAAAGGUGGCAAAGGAGAGAAGGGGGAAGAUGGUUUCCCUGGCUUUAAAGGAGACAUGGGUAUCAAAGGAGACAGGGGUGAGUUGGGCAUGUUUGGACCCAGAGGUGAGGAUGGUCCUGAGGGCCCUAAGGGUCGUGCGGGACCUCCAGGUGAAGCAGGCCCCAUGGGUCUGGCUGGAGAGAAGGGUAAAUUGGGUGUUCCUGGCUUGCCGGGCUACCCAGGAAGGCAGGGACCGAAGGGUUCGACUGGUUUUCCCGGAUUCCCAGGAGCUAACGGAGAGAAAGGAACCAGGGGCGUCGCAGGGAAAUCCGGUCCAAGGGGGCAGAGAGGUCCAACGGGGCCACGUGGGGCUCGGGGUGCCAGAGGUCCGACUGGAAAGCCAGGUCCUAAGGGCACUUCGGGUAAUGACGGUCCACCUGGCCCACCUGGAGAGAGAGGACCUCAAGGACCCCAGGGCCCUGUGGGUUUCCCAGGGCCAAAGGGCCCCCCUGGACCACCUGGAAAGGAUGGGUUACCUGGUCACCCUGGCCAGCGGGGGGAGACGGGUUUCCAAGGCAAAACAGGUCCACCUGGCCCUGGAGGUGUAGUUGGCCCUCAGGGUCCAACUGGAGAAACUGGGCCCAUUGGUGAGAGAGGACACCCAGGACCUCCAGGCCCCCCUGGGGAGCAGGGACUUCCCGGAGCAGCAGGGAAAGAGGGUGCUAAGGGUGAUCCAGGCCCUCAGGGACUGCCUGGGAAAGAUGGACCACCUGGGUUAAGAGGAUUCCCUGGAGAGCGUGGGCUUCCUGGAACAUCGGGUCCGGCCGGGUUGAAAGGAGGGGAGGGACCUCAGGGUCCUCCUGGUCCAGUGGGUUCACCCGGUGAGAGAGGUGCAGCCGGACCUGCUGGCCCAAUUGGGUUGCCAGGACGCACAGGACCUCAGGGGCCUCCUGGGCCAGCUGGAGAGAAGGGUGCCCCUGGUGAGAAAGGGCCAUCGGGUCCUGCUGGUCGUGAUGGAGUCCAAGGUCCGGUUGGUCUGCCAGGGCCCCCUGGACCCCAGGGUCCACCUGGAGAGGAUGGUGACAAGGGAGAAGUGGGAGAACCAGGGCAGAAGGGGAGCAAAGCCGAUAAAGGAGAGCAGGGUCCACCAGGACCACCAGGUCUGCAGGGCCCUAUUGGAGCACCAGGUCCAGCAGGCGCUGAUGGAGAACCUGGCCCUCGGGGGCAACAGGGCAUGUUCGGACAGAAGGGAGACGAGGGCCCCAGGGGUUUCCUCGGUCCCCCUGGCCCCAUUGGGCUUCAGGGUCUCCCUGGUCCACCAGGAGAAAAAGGAGAGAAUGGAGAUGUCGGUCCUAUGGGUCCCCCUGGUCCCCCCGGCCCAAGAGGUCCCCAGGGCCCAAGUGGAGCUGAUGGUCCGCAAGGUCCCCCCGGUGGUAUUGGAGGCAUGGGAGCAGUUGGAGAGAAGGGAGAACAAGGUGAAGCUGGCAAUCCUGGACCUCCUGGAGAGCCUGGAACUGGAGGCCCCAAGGGUGAGAGAGGAGAAAAGGGUGAAGCAGGACCACCUGGUGCAGCUGGACCAGCAGGACCUAAAGGACCACCCGGAGACGAUGGUCCCAAGGGUAAUCCUGGGCCGGUUGGCUUCCCUGGAGAUCCUGGUCCCCCUGGUGAGCCUGGUGUUGCUGGUACUGAUGGCAGCCCAGGAGAAAAAGGUGAAGACGGUGAAGCAGGUCAAGCUGGCCCUCCUGGUCCAUCUGGUGAAGCUGGUCCACCAGGACCUCCUGGUAAACGAGGACCCCCAGGAGCACCAGGAACUGAGGGCAGGCAGGGAGAGAAGGGUGCUAAGGGUGAAGCAGGCGCUGAGGGGCCCCCAGGAAAAACUGGCCCUGUUGGACCCCAGGGGCCUGCAGGAAAACCAGGUCCUGAGGGUCUGAGAGGGAUCCCUGGCCCUGUGGGUGAACAAGGACUUCCUGGUGCACCUGGUCAAGAUGGCCCACCAGGCCCGAUGGGACCCCCUGGUCUGCCUGGCCUGAAAGGAGACCCUGGCUCAAAGGGUGAGAAGGGCCACCCUGGUCUCAUUGGUCUUAUAGGCCCUCCUGGUGAGCAGGGAGAAAAGGGAGAUCGUGGUUUGCCUGGACCCCAGGGCACACCUGGUCCUAAGGGUGAUUCUGGCAUUGCUGGUGCUUCUGGACCCCUUGGUCCCCCAGGACCUCCUGGGCUGCCUGGUCCCCAAGGUCCUAAGGGAUCCAAGGGGUCAACAGGCCCUGCUGGUCCAAAGGGAGAUACUGGCAUAGUCGGCACUCCUGGUCCUCCUGGCCCUCCAGGUGAGAUUGUCCAGCCACUGCCCAUCCGUUCACCAAAGAAGACCCGGCGUUCCAGCGACAGGCAGGCUGACGAGGCAGACCCCAUCAUGGACUAUGGUGAGGGCAUGGAGGACAUCUUCAGUUCCCUCAUCAAGCUCAAACAGGACAUCGAACGCAUGAAAUAUCCCAUGGGAACCCAGACCAACCCAGCCAGGACCUGCAAAGAUCUGCAGCUGAGUCACCCAGAAUUCCUCGAUGGUGAAUACUACAUUGAUCCUAACCAGGGAUGCUCUGAGGAUUCCUUCAAAGUGUACUGCAACUUCACAGCUGGAGGCGAGACCUGCAUUUACCCUGCGAAGAAAUCGAACAGAGUGCUGAUGUCCUCCUGGUCCAGAGAGGCUCCAGGCUCGUGGUUCAGCUCAUUUACACACGGCAGCCUACUAUCUUACGUGGACGCUGAGGGCAGCUCUAUAAACUCGGUGCAAAUGACUUUCCUUAGACUACUGACAGCCUCGGCGAGGCAAAAUUUCACCUACAGCUGCCACCAGUCCACAGGCUGGUAUGAUGCCACAGAGAGCAGCUACGACAAAGCCCUGCGCUUCCUUGGCUCCAACGAUGAGGAGAUCUCCUAUGACAACAACCCCUACAUCAAGGCUCUGUCUGACACCUGCGCGGUACGGAAGGGCUACGGAAAGACUGUGAUAGAGAUCAACACCCCCAAAAUCGAUCAGGUUCCGAUCGUAGACGUCAUGCUGAAUGACUUUGGGGAUUCUAACCAGAAAUUUGGAUUUGAAGUUGGUCCAGUUUGCUUCCUUGGCUAAAUUUUAAAAAAUGAUAUCAUGAAAAAAACUUGACAGGGAAGGACGGGUCAGCACGAGACACCUUUUUAUUCCAAGACUUUUUUUUCUUUUUUUGGGUACCACCAAAUCACCCAGCCUCCGUUUAUGCCACAUGCAAGUUUUGAAUAAUAGUGCGGAUUAAAAAGGGAACAGUUGCACCGUGUCUGUAUGCAUUACCCAGGAAAAUCCACAUUUCCUACAGAGUGUGAGAGCCGCAUAACACGCAAAUGGUCACGGAGGCAAGCGAUGAAGAGCAUGAAGAAGA